AUGUCUGGGAGAGAAGGUGAGACGUUACGUGUAUGUCAAAGUUAAAACAAGUACAUUUAGACGGCGUAACUGAGCUCAGUAAAGCGGAGGAGCUAAUGUCUGCUUCAGAGCGCGCGAGCCACAUUACGUUCUUCCUUACACCAAAAUAUGUUAGAAAUCUUACACAUUGAGGGUUUUCCUCGCUCUAGUGCGUUUGUUUUAAAAAAAAAAAACACACAUAAUUAAAUAUAAAGACUCACUACGAUCGUCGGAGACAUUCGGCCUCUUAGUUGUCUUAUAUUUAAACCGUUUUGUCGUAAUUUGUCCAUCAGUUUGUGGUCCAUCGUCGAGCUAACGCAUACGUAGUUAGACUACUGGGUCUGGGACUAAUGUUGAAUCUGGGUGACCGGCGUUCAGUGCAUGGAAUUCCGCGAUUAGCCGUAACAAUGUAACCUCUGACAGGUUAUAAUCAUCUCUUUGCUGUAACGCCUGUCAGUGGGUUCAAUAUUUGAGACGUCAGGUGAACUGCUGGAGGAGGUAAAACGGGCAAGUGAGAUGAGACAAGUAUCCCGGAUUACACAAAAUGGCCAAACUAGGAUGAUUUAGAUAGCUGUGUCAGAGCAUCUCCACAGAUGCAGCUCCUCAUGGGUGUAGAAAUCGACAGAUUGAUCGGCCGGCCGAUUAACUAGAUCGGCAGCGGCCCGUAAUGCAGUUUGGUAAUGACAGCUUUAUCCAAUUCUCAGUCGAAAAGACAAUUGGACUAGAGUAAGGUUCUUGAAGACGCUUGGCUUUUCUUCCAAGGGAGGAUGUAAAUGAUGGAUACCCCCAUCAUUUUUUGAUUGAUUCAAAAGCAGGUCAUGCUGUACCUGUCAGACUCAGUUAUACAAUAAGUAAAUGGUACAAAGUGAAUAGCUCGGUCAGAAGUGUUUGGGUCAGCGCUCUGGCUUUAAUACAGCCAUCUGUCACUGUAGUGUUUCCAUUUCAGCACUUUAAACAGACGGUGAUCUGAUAUUAAAUUUGUUUAUUAAUUUUCCCCAGGAGGCAAAAAGAAACCACUGAAGAACCCAAAGAAACAGUCGAAAGAACUAGACGAUGUAAGUGUAUCUGCCUGUCCUUCAAAACUGUAAAUAGAAUUUGUAAUGCUGUGUAUGCAUGUUUUUUAUAUCGUAUAUUUUAUUUCACUUGAACUGAUUUUUUUUUGCUCGUAAUUGUAAAUUUAUCUUGUAUGUUUAUUGAUAUGUUUGGACUGCAUCACUGGCUACAGAAACUCCCUAUCUAUGUUUACCUGAUGAUAAAAUUUUAAGGAAGUUUUUUUUAAUUCUGUUUGCAUUUUUACUGUUUUAAAUUUGUGAAUUUUCAAUGUCUAGUUGCUAUAUCAAACAAAAAAGCCACAUAAAACUGAUGUACUAUGUUACUUAGAGUUUGUUAUUGGUCUGUGUAUUCUUUUACUGACUGUUAACUGUGUCUGUCUGCAGGAUGAUGUUGCUUUUAAGCAGAAGCAAAAGGAAGAGCAGAAAGCCAUGGAGGCGCUUAAGGCCAAAGCUUCUGGAAAAGGGCCUCUAAGUAAGAGCAAAAUCUCUGCUGUGGUGUUUAUGAAGAUUAUGUGACAUUAUAUUAUAUUUUUUAUAUUAUACUCAUACCUUAGUGCUGUAAUUGUAUGGGAACUGUUGAGCUUGUCUUAACUGCUAAAUCUUGUAUUUUCUUUUUCCAAUAGGUAGCGGAGGCAUCAAGAAAUCGGGCAAAAAAUAA